UUCUGCUGUUCCUCGCCCUUCAACAUCCAACGAACAUCUCUAUCGUGAACUUGGACUUCCAUGCUUACAGAGCCUGACGACCACCGUCUUUCCCCCAUUUCCCAUGGUAAAGAGAUCUCUUAAUUGCAGCCCACCGCAACUUGAACACGCGUCUCCUGUCCUCAAACCCAUUCUUGCCUCACGCAACACCAACUUUGGCACUCGAAACGCCGUGCGACUCCCUACAACCUCAGCUACGCACUUAGUGCAAUUCAACCCACUCUACACACAGUCACAAUGUCGCGAAUUCAGAUCCCCAUAGAUGUCCUGACGUCUCGCCUCAACAUGGGCGAGCGUUUCCAGAACUUCCGUUCAGGCUCGAUUGCGAACCGCUUCUCGAACCUGCGCCCUCUCUCGGAGUUCUUCGAUAUCAAGCGCCUCUCCAAGCCCGAAAACUUCGCCGAGAUGCAGUCCCGCGUCAACUAUAACCUGGGCCACUUCUCCAGCAACUAUGCUGUCGUGUUCGUGAUGCUCUGCAUCUACGCCUUGCUCACUAACCCUUGGCUGCUCUUUGACAUCGUCUUCGUCGUUGCCGGCAUGUGGUUCAUUGGCAAGCUCGACGGCCGUGAUCUUGAGAUUGGCCAGCACCGCUUCACCACUUCGCAGCUGUACACGGGACUGUACGUCGUUGCGAUCCCGAUCGGUCUGUUCUCCUCGCCCUUCCUCACUGUCAUGUGGUUGAUUGGCGCCAGCGGCUUGGUCAUCAUUGGCCAUGCUUCACUUAUGGACAAGCCCAUCGACGAGGCUUUUUCCGGGGAGGCGGUCUAAAUGGUCGGCCGCGAGCUCCCAAAUCUGCGCCCCAAUGGGGAAGACCAUCGAGGCGCGAGCGGGCGCGCAACGGGAGUGAUGCUGAGGGUUGGUGGGGUUCUGGGCGUGUGGUGGAAGAACUGGACAGCGAGGACGGCGGCCCUCAUACUACACAAGGCGUUGGGUCAGGGUU